AUGGCUGGUCGUUUUACUCAGAGUGCUACGAAGAGAUGGCUUGGUGACAAGGGUACGUGGCCCGUACUAGUAACCUGUGUGGCUGCAGCUGGUCUUUGCACGGCACAAUGCGUGCGCUACUUAUCGGGUCAUCCGGACGUGAAUUGGAACAAACAGAAUCGUCAGGAUAUUUUUCGUUACAAGGAAAAUGUCGGUGCUGAUUGGCAGUCACAUCGUCGUAAAAUUGCUACAAUGCAUAAGAAUGUCAUUAACGAGGCCAAGGGCUUGAACAGUAAAGAUUAA